AUGAUAAUCGCGACGGAAUUCGAAAGCAAGGUUUUCCCUGUCAAGUACGAGGUUGCUCAAGGCAGUCUAACGUCAAUUCCGGAUCGCAUCUCGUUUGGAAGAACGCAUCCAGGAAAAGUAGUGUAUAUGAAUUUGCAGGUGUUCAACUCUUUCGCGGAAGAUAUGAAGGUGACGCGAUUGUCAACCACAUCACGCGAUCCACGCUUCUUCUUCGAAGGUUUCGAUCCUGCUCAUCCUCCGGUGCUACGAUCUGGACGUCGCGUUAUGUUCCUUCCGGAAACACCAUGCUCUCAUGAUUACUGCUAUCUAGGCCUGCCUCUUCACACCACCGAUGGGCAAUGGUUUGUUCAUGGGCUGACUUUACCAGCCAACUUGGCAGAAGUGGACAGCUAUUUAUACAAGAAGCAAAGAGCUCGCUUUGAUAAUCUUGUCAAGAAUGGGAAACACCGUGUGAAUACAACGGUGAUCAUUGACACGGAUAGAGCCAAGAAUAUACAGAUCGAAUCCACUGCCGAAAUGAUUUGGCCUCGUCUGUUAACGCGGAAUUCGGUGCAUUUCCCAUUAACUGCACUUGGCAAUUUUACGAUAGUGAAUCUCACCUUGGCGAAUCCGACAUCGGUUCCUAUAGCAGUACAAGUCAUUCCGCUAGUGAUUUAUCCAGAUGCUGACGCUGUAGUAGAGUUUUUUCGCGAGCACCUUAUCACACCGCUUACUUCUGAGGUGGAAAUGAACGAAACACUAAUGUUUUCCUUACGCGAUACUGAGCUGUUCACUCUAAAGCCUGAUAGCCCCGUACCAAGAUUACGGGAGGAACUCGAAGCUGCCAUACCACAGACUGUUCCAAGGUUCACUUUGUCACUGCUGUUAAAACCACAUAUGAAGGUUCCGCUUACGACUAGGUUUUCUGCCAUCGGACUACACUCUUCGAUCAUCUCUGUUACUCAUUAG